AGCCUCCAAAUCACAUCGGGCCAAAAAAGGUUAUUAUUUCUCUGCAAUGAGAGGCAGGUCUAUUACUGGUGUUUUGUUAUAAAAGCAACGCUGACUUGUGGGUCUUCAUAUCAAAUUUUUCUUCCAAAUCUUCAGUCUUCUGCGAUACUCAUACUCGCCUCAGGAGGGGAGCAAACGGCCUCCUGUCCAAAAACAACAUGGGCAGAAACAAAGUGGCACCAGAAAUGCUGCGUCUAGCCUUGUCACUGUUCUUGGUGUUGUCCUGCCUCACCGUGCUUUGUGCUGGUAUACAGCGCAGCCUCACUAUUGAAGAAGAAAACCUGGAGAAAGGAAUCAGUGAACAUGAAGCAAAGCAGUCUUACAUGUGGCUUAAGAAAAAUAGUAAAGAACUUGCUGAAUUAAUUACUAAUACUCUUGGAAGUGUUCCCGCAGCUGGAGCCGUUUUCAGUUCACUCUUAAAAAUACCCUUAAAGCUAAUCCCACAAGAAGACAAACUGAAAGGGAUUCAAUCUGAAAUGACUGCUCUUAAUACAAGACUGGACAUUUUUUAUGAAGAGUUGAAAUGGGCCUCAAAUGACUUCCAGAAGAUCCUCAACGAUAUAGACCACGCCUGGUUAAAAUACAAGCCAAUGAAAAAUAAUGCAAAUGCUCUUAAGAGCAUAUUUUGUCCAUUUUACAGUCAGUAUGCUGACAGUGUUUCAGUCCUACACAAAUUAUUAAUUUCUAAACCAGAAACCGGUGAACAGAGUCUAGCAGAUGUGCUUGCAAAAAAAUUAAGAUGCCAUGAAAAAGAUUUGGAAGCUAAAUUUCUGUAUCUGAGAAAGCUUGUAUGCAGGGGAAAUGAGAUGGUUAAAAAGUGCUAUGAGUUGAUGGGGGUGGAUAAGAGUCUCAUCCCUGACCCUGUAAAAAUGUUACAACAAUCUAAUUCGGCUUUAUUCAAGACCCAACAAAGCUGUGUAUCCAACAGUAAACUUUAUAUAAAGAGAGACAUAAUAGAACGCAUUAAUGAUGAAAUAGUUCACAAAGACAUAGCAAACAACAUUUACAAUUUUCUGAAGGAAAAGUAUGACAGAUAUGACUGGCUGGUGGUUGCAUUCACAACUCACUUUUCGAAGGGCAUGGGAAGAAUCCUGAAAAGACACGUUUAUUCAGGAUUCACUGCGGUUCAGAGGGGUUCUGUUACUGUAGCAGUCGCCCGUCAACUUACUGGUAGCCAUAAAAACAUUGAAUAUUUUAAACGUGACAUUGGGGACCAUUUUAGAAAUAUAAAAAUAGAGUGUAGGCACGUGGAGGAUGAACUACUGAAAAUGAACAUUACGAAUGCCAUAACUGCUGUGCAUGUCUACAAGAGAGCACACAAUAACCAUGGAAGACAAGAGAAAGAAGAAGAGGAGGAGGAGGAGGAGGAGGAUAAACUUGCUAUGAGCGUUGUGAUAGGUGCAGACAAAGCGUACACUGUCAGUGGAGAAUGUAAAAGACGACUGGGCAAACCUGGAUUCUACACAAUCAUGAUUAAGAGCGAUGAGGAGGUGGACAAUAAAAACCCCUGUGUCUCUUUUAAAUGUGAAAAUGGAGGGAAAUGUGAGGUUGUACCACGCACAAAUAUCCCAAUGUGUCUGUGCACAGACCUGUUUUACGGUAGACGAUGUGAGAAUAAGAUUACAUGUGACGUCGACGUUACUGAUAAUCGACGUCAAACUAAUCAAAGACAAAACCCCACGCAAAUCAGAUCACGAGGAUAGGUGGGUAAUAUAUAUACAGGUUCUUGUCUUCUGUCCUUCUUGACUAUCUAGCACUAACCAUAGCUAAUAUUUACAGCUUUGUGUAGUAAAAAAAUAAGACACUGGCUCUUUCUUUGCUUGAACGUGGACCAGAUUAUAUGCAAAUGGUACAACUGUAAUCAUCCUUGUGCAAAUAAAAGUCUGUAUUAAAAACUAUAAA